AUGUCAAUUUUGUUUAUCAUUGCUUUUCUGUUCAUAUUCUCUUUUUCAAAACAAACAACUAACACAAAUGAAACUAUAAAAAUAAAUUUUGAAACUUAUUGGAGUAAAUGGAAAAGUGAUCACAAGAAAGUAUAUAAUUCUAUAUCUGAAGAACUAACUCGUAAAGCCAUAUUUCUUUCAAACCUUAAAAGAAUUAAUCAAUUAAAUUCUCAAAGAAUUGACACAGACGAUGCUAUGUUUGGAACAAAUGCUUUUAGUGAUCUAAAACCUGAGGAAUUUGCAAGAAGAUUUAAUAAAAUUAACUUAAAAUCACUUAAAUCAAAACAAACAACUCAUUACAAACUUCCUGUUCCAAGUGGAGAAGUUCCUACACAAUAUUCUGCUUGUCUUCAAAACAAAUUAUUAAGCCAAAAUUCUUCAAACAAUAUAGACUUGUGUGGUGGAAUAGUGAUGGACCAAGGUGAUUGUGGUAAUUGUUAUGCUGUUUCUAAUGCACACGAACUCCAACUAAAAUAUGCUAAUUUAACUUUAACUCAAAGAGGAAAAAUUGAAUAUGAAAUGUUCAGUCCUCAACAACUUAUGGACUGUACAGAGAAUAGUUAUUAUUGUGAAGGAGGUACUUCAGAUGAACCGUUAAUGUCUUCUCAUUACGUUGUAUUUGAAAAAGAUUAUCCAUACGUUUCUUAUUCCAACACCUUAGUUAAUAAUUCUUGUAUCCAUGAUAAACUUACACCAAUGAUGGUUUCAUUUUCAUUAUUUGAUUCAGCACAGAAUUUUGAAGUUUUAAAAAGAAUAAUAUACUAUUAUGGCUCUUUUAUUACUUCUGUAAAAGCAUCGUCUGACUGGUCGUACUACCAUUCUGGAAUUUAUUCACAUAGCUGUACAAAAAAUGUUAUCACUAAUCAUGUUAUUGAGGUUAUUGGUUACGGCAAUCACAAUGGAAAAGAAUAUCUUAUUGCAAGAAAUUCUUGGGGAAAAAAUUGGGGUAUUGAUGGUUUUAUAAAGAUUUCUGCUAAAUCACUCUGUGGAAUUGGAGGUGAUGAUGGUGGAAUGUAUCCAGUGUCUCUUGUCCAACACGCUGAUUUUAGUGAUGUCCCAAAAGGUGUUUAUGGAAAAAAAUCGUAUAAACAAGAGGUUCAACCUAAAUUAUACAAUGGAACUGAUAAGUAUGAUAUUUAUGAACAAUUUCCUGAAGAGUUAGGAAAUUCAUUCUUUGAUAUUAUUAUCAAUUUUAUAGCUACAAUAGUAUUAUACGUUGGUUUAAUUUGUUGGGUAAUUUGCGUCAUUGUCAUUUUAGUUAUGUCCUGUGUUAUUUAUUUAAAUAAAAAUUAA